AUGGUGAGGGGCGGGGGGGGGGGGGGGGCGGUCAAGACUAUCAAGCACGCGAUGUUUGAGUUCGAGCACGACUUGGACGCGAGGAGGAGGUCGAGGAGGCCUUCGAACCUUGAGGCGCGCGAAGCUCGCAGCAGGAGGAGCAGGUCUCCGUUGCCGGCGCUGCAUGGAACAGAAGGAGGCGACGAGCUUUCGCAGCUGAUUGAGAAUAUGAAGGAAGGAGAGUUGAGCACACUCCGAGCCUCGCUGGAUGAUACGAUGGAGCUCGGCCAGCUCUCCAUGGAGGAGGAGGCGGUGAAGUUCUCCCAGCGGAGGGAGGAAGAGCAGGAGGAGGGAGGCAGGCAGGGCAGUAAGAGAGAGCAAGGAGGAUCGGGUUUGAGCAAGAUGGUGAGAAUGGAGGAGGCUAGUCCGAGCAGGAGCCUGAGGCGUGUCGUCCUCGAUGUAGAGCAAUGCAAGGAGCUGCACAUGUCGCUGCGACGGGAAGGCCAGGAGGAAGAGGAGGGGACGGAAGGGGAGAGAAGGGGAGAGGGGGCUGCGAGGGAGAAGGACAGGAGCGGAGAGGAGGGAAAGAGAAAGGAGGAAGAGAACAAGGCAGAUGCGAACACAGAGGAAAGCUCAGAUGUACAUCAAGAUCCUCCUUCUCCUCCUCUCGACCAGGACAUGCAGGGGAGUCUAAGGCAGCAUGCUCAGCUUGUGAGCGACUCCUUCCUCCGGGACAAGUUCGAGGGCUCCCCGUUCAUAGACAAGCUGCUGGAGGAGGACGCGAGCAGGCCCCUGGGAGAUUCCUCCUUCCCCUCCUUCUGCGACUUGCUGCAGCGAGUCGCAGCAGAGUGUAGCCUUACCCUUACCUUCUCCUCCUCCUCUCCUCCUCCUCCCCCUCCCCGCUCGGACGACCAGGGGCUGAACACCAUCUUGAGCUCCUCAGCAGGGUCCCCUGCAAGGGGGAGGAGGAAGAGGGAGUCUCUUGGUGGGGGGCAGGUGGGCAUGCAGGUGGAGAGGCUGCUGGAGGUAAAGCAGGCGGACUACGAGCUCUACAGGCUCAGUAUCCUCUCAGGGCUGGUCCAGUCUGGACCCCCAAGCAUUCGCCAUCCCUCCCCCGCGUCCUCGAGGAGACAGAAGUCCAUCGAUGAGGUUGAGAAGCAGGUGAGGUAG